CUCCAGUUCAGGUCUAAGCUCACUCGCUCCUGCUGAUUGGACAUGGAGGGUUUGGAGGAAGAUGUCAAGUUUAUUGUGGAUGAGACCUUGGACUUUGGAGGUCUGUCCCCAUCUGACAGGUACCAACUGCUUUAUCUUAUUUAUCUCCCUCCAAUAACACCUCUUUGGCCUUACUGCUGAAUUAUUGGCCUCCAGAGCCAGGGUUGGUAAUUUAGCAAAGUUUGAAGCACUGGGGCUGUUAGGACACUAUUGGUAAGGGAAGGGAAAGGAGAAACAAGUGAUUUUUCAGGGCUGUUAAGAAGUGCACAUGGAUUUGUUGCAUCUUCAUCCUCCCAAUGUCAGUAAAUGCUAAAGGCCUAUUAGAGCUCAGAGAACCAAGUAUCUCAUCACCUAGAGGCCAGGUCUCACAGCCAGAAUGGAUGUUAGUUUGGAGUUUUGUUUGGCCUGUCUUGCACAGUCCCCUGCUCCUUUUUUGUGUGGUCUUGGUGCCUUGUUUAUUUUCUGUCUCAGUCGUGAGGAGGAAGAUGCAGCAGUAUUGGUGACUCCAGAGAAACCACUCCGACGGGGCCUCUCCCACCGAAGUGACCCAAAUGCAGUGGCCCCUGCACCCCAGGGUGUGAGGUUCAGCUUAGGCCCUCUCAGUCCAGAGAAGCUGGAAGAGAUCCUCGAUGAAGCCAACCGGCUGGCAGCUCAGUUGGAGCAGUGUGCCCUACAGGAUCGGGAGAGCUCAGGUCAGGGCCCAGGACCUCUCCGAGGGAAGCCCAGCCCUCGACGGGAGACCUUUGUGCUGAAGGACAGCCCUGUCCGAGACCUGCUACCCAAUGUCAGCUCUUUGGCUUGGAGCACACCCUCCCCAAGCAGCCUGACACCUCGGCUCCGGAGCAGUGAUAAGAAGGGGUCAGCCAGGGCUCUUAGAGUAACACCUGGAAAGAGGCCCUCCAGUGUGAAGAGGGAAUCACCCACUUGCAAUCUGUUGCCUGCAUCCAAAAGCCCAGCAUCAUCUCCUCUUGUACAAUCAACUCCUCCACUCCGGGGCAAGGCUGGGCCCAAUGCAAGGGCAACAGCAAGGCCACCUACCCAUGUCAGACAAGCCUUGGCCCCACAGCCUUCAACCAGCAACUCUCAACGCCAUUCUCGGCCACAGGGGACAGCUACUAAGGCUUCCAGUCGACUCCCUCUUCCUUCAGCUAUUCCCAGGCCCUCUAGCCGAAUGCCACUCACCAGCCGGAGUGUACCACCUGGCAAAGGUGCCCUCCCUCCGGAUUCUGUGUCAACUCGGAAAGGGCCUCUAAGACCAAGCACUGCAGGACACAGAGUUCCUAUUUCCCAGCGACCAAACCUUCCUGCUGCUGGUGCCGCUCGCAGCAAUCUGCAGCCCCCCAGGAAAAUUGCAGUCCCUGGACCUACCAGAUAAAGAAAUCAAGACGACGAGCAAGAAUUCAGUAGCAAACCACUACAGUCACUGCUUGGAUUCAUUUAUAAUAGCAGGCCCUGAUUCCAUCAGAUUCUGGCCCAGGGACAGGAGAAAGACAUGCCACCAGGGUGAUAACCCCCCAGGAAUAUAGACCAUAGGAGAUGGGGUGGAUUUGAGUUUUACUGAAAUAGAUUCAAACUCUCUGGGCUGAAAAAAAGAUGAAGAGAAAAGAGGUGACCUCAUAGCAGUGAAAUUAGCAAAAAAGAAAAUGAAGAAUUCUGGCAAAUUGCUUGUGUUCUCCACCCCCACUCUUGUGGUCAGCCCCAGAGAAUUUGAUCUUCCCAGGCCUUGGUUCAGUGGAUGAGUCCAUGUGAAUGGCCUCUGUAGCCAGCUUCUGCUCUCUGAGGAUAGGUCUUCCUGAAUCACAUCCUCUACUGGACUCAGGCCUGUUUGGAGAGGCAAGGCAGGCAUCUGGUCUCCAGAAUUUGUUUCCUGUGAAUUCUGUGACUCCUCGUAGGCUAGUUGAUGAUAAGCUUACUCUAUGUUUCUUUAAAAUAAAAUGAAUGUAUUUUUUUUUAAUUUCCUAUAUAUCUGGAAGUAAAUUCUGCUCCAAUUUCUAAUAAAUUUGUUGUAAA